UUGAAUGAAAACGUGGAAGAGGAAAAGAUAUAUCCGAAUUAUUUGCGGAAAGAAUUGUAUGAAAUUCAAAUAAAGGACAUCGCAAAUCAUAUAGACAGGUUAUUACGUUUAAAAUAAUUGCGAAUUCUCCCACAGAUACUUCCGAGAAAUUUUUAAUAUUUUUUUGCAAAUCAUUUCCCCUAAAUAGAUUUUUUUCGUUAUCGUAGAUUAGAUGACAGAAAUUAUGACCUGUUGGAUAUGUGUGAGGAGAUCAAGCAAGACAUUGGAUCUGCAGAUAUAAAAACAUCGGAUCAGAUUGCUGCGAUUAAUCGGGACCUAUUUGUUGAGUUAUCGAAAAUAAAUAAUCGAAAGGGUGACAUCAAGUCUAUUGAAGUACAGCGAGCUGAGAAUAAAGAAAAGCACGAGCGUAAAGUCGAUGAAUUGAAUGAAAAGUAUAACGUUACUUUUCGAGCCCUAAUUUCGAAGAUCAAGAUCUUGAAUGCUAAAGUAAAUGCAUUGGAAGACUACAAGAAUAAGAGAGACAAUCUUCGUGAAAAGAUCAAAAUUCGUGAUGAAUUAAUAGUGAAAAAAGAAGAGGAAACGAAAGAGAAAUUGCAGAAUGUACAGCUACAAUAUAAAAUUGACAGAGCAGCAUUACUUGAUGAUUUACAAAAUCAAAUAUUUCAACGAGGAAUAGCGUACGAAGCCGAGAACUCCAAGAAAACGAGUCCCCUCACUCGAUGCUUGUUCAAUAAUAAUAUAUUCAUAAAAAACGAGAUCCAGACGAUGUAUCAAGAAAUAAAUCAGGCAACAGAACUGUGUGGCGAAAAAGAUCGUACGAAAUCUUUCAAUCGAGCCUGGACGCGGAAAAGCCAGCUAGAGUUGAUCAAAGCACUGGAAACGUUGCGCUUUCAAAAAGUGCUGAGCAAGCAUUUACACAAACACUGUAAAAAACCCGACGUAGACAAAAAUGAAGCAGCAGCAGUGAGUCAGGAACAACCUGACAAUGAUCAUCGCAUAGAAAACCAGAUGACAGAAACGUUGAUUAAGCAACAAAAUUUGUCAAAAAUGCAAACGUCCUUACACCAAAAAAAUGUCAAAUUGUUUUCAGCAAAAAACCAACGAAAACAGAGUUUAAGAAAAGUUAAUUCUCUUGUUGAAACUCUGUCUGAUUUAAAGUCUGUAAUUGCGUGUGCUUUAGAAUUGCCCGUUAUCAAUGAACCUAAAAUUGAGAAAUUACCGCAACAUUUUGCCAGAAUAUCUAAAAAUGAAUUCAUGUCUCACUUAUUGUCGAUAGUGGAAAAACAUAAAUAAUGUUUCCA